AUGUUCUCAUCUCUGAGCACGUUCUCACGGGAGGAGCAGGUGCCCUGGAACAGUGCUGUCCCUGGGUGGCAGGCUUUCCGGGAAGCGUACUGGUAUUCUGCAGCCUCUGGCCCCUGCGUGCCCCUGCCCUCUGCUGGAGUUUGCACUUGCUGGUAUGUAAAUGACUCGAUCCUGUGGCCCCCAACGGAGCCCUCCUGUGAGGUCCACGCCUGCCUGGUGACUUGGCCUUGGGCCCCCACAAAGAUGUCCUCCAGGGAUGUCGACAGCUUCGGUGCCUACAUGGGAAAAUCGUUGACCCUGGAAGCCUACAACCCAUUUCCUGAGCCCUGGGCGCCAGACCUGUCAGCCUCCGGAACCAGGACCUACAGACUAUUUCCCGAGCCCUCAACUCCCAACCCUUUUGCCCUCCCCGCUCUUCCCGAGGUCAUCUCCAGUGGCUGGCCCCAAGGAGGCUGCCAGACCCCAGCCAGCUCAGCCCUGGGGCCUGCAGUCCAAGGCCUGCCUCCAGGGCCACCUCUCUGCCCUGUUCCGGUGACAGAAUCGGCCUCCAGCCCCGAACUCCACCCCCUGCCUCCUUCCCCACUCCAGGACCCUCAGCUCCAGUUCCCUAGAUGCAACUUUCCCCGCCGACCACCCAGCAAGGCUCACCGUCGCCUCCUCUUUGACAACUGA